UGAGGGGUAAGGGGGCGGUGGUAUGCGCCUACGCAUCGUUCGCCGCGCCUUACCGCCCGCCUCGCGCCAGUCAGCAUUAGUGGCUCACGUUGGCUGAACCACCUUACGGCCAUCUUCUUUUUCUCGUAGAACACCAAAUUCAAGACAUACACAAUGGCAGAUGAUGAAGCGAAGAAGGCCAAGCAGGCCGAAAUUGACCGCAAGCGUGCUGAGGUGCGUAAGCGUAUGGAGGAAGCCUCCAAGGCUAAGAAGGCCAAGAAGGGUUUCAUGACACCAGAAAGGAAGAAGAAACUCAGGUUGCUGCUGCGUAAGAAAGCCGCUGAAGAAUUAAAGAAAGAACAGGAACGCAAAGCGGCUGAGAGGAGACGCAUCAUUGAGGAGAGGUGCGGCAGACCCAAAAAUGUUGAGGACGCAAACGAAGAUACUAUUGCAAGGGUUUGCAAAGAUUACCACAGCCGCAUCGCCAACCUUGAAGAUGAAAAGUUUGAUCUGGAAUACAUCGUUAAACGAAAAGAUAUGGAGAUCGCCGACCUGAACUCUCAAGUCAACGACCUCAGAGGCAAAUUCGUCAAACCUACGCUUAAGAAGGUUUCCAAAUACGAGAACAAAUUCGCCAAGCUCCAGAAGAAGGCAGCUGAAUUUAACUUCCGUAACCAACUGAAGGUUGUCAAAAAGAAGGAAUUCACCCUUGAAGAAGAAGACAAAGAGGGGGCUGCGCAGAGUAAGAAAAAACCCGACUGGUCCAAGGGAAAGCCAGGAGAUCAGAAGGUAAAAGAGGAGGAGGUUGAAGCAUGAAGUGUCCCUCACCUCGAUGAACCUUUUACAAGCCACGCCAAAAGAGAUAAUUAUUUCAAUUUACAAAUCGUGCCUUAAUUUUCUGCUAUUGUCUCGACCUUGAGUAAACGAGACAGUAGAAGAAGAAAACGGUGAAAGAAAAUCAAUGUUGCGAUUAUUUUUAUAUUUUCUCUUUUGGCGUGGAUUGUUUGAACCAUGGCCAAUUGGAAGCCGUAUCCAAUCCCUGAAUGAUGUGGUAACAUAUUUGGCUAAUUCCGUCGUUAUUAAUAAAUGACUUCACAUCAAUUGUCAAUAUUUAUUUAAUAAAUAUUUUUUCUAAGUUAUGUAAUAAUUUAAUAAAAUAAUUUAAUAUAUUUCAA